AUGUCUCCCAGUGGGCACUCUCACGAUCACAGUGGGCACUCGCAUGGGGAAAUGAACGAACAUUCCAACAUGGCAUCACAUGAAACCACUAGCCAGAUGAACCACGACAUGGAGGGGGGGCAUGCGGUAAGAGAGCUAUCGAGUUUACUUGCUUCCGACUAGAAAUACAGUACUGUUUUGAUGAAGAAAAGAGUAACGUUGCUAACAUAGUCCACACACGGUACCCCAGCAGGGGCAAAGAUAAAAACCGCACUGAUCUGAAAGCACUGAAACUGCGCACUGAAAGCGUAUUUACCAUCGUAGCAACAGCGGAGAAGGCAUUUUGGCCUGCAUUCUGUACUCAAUAAGUAUGACCUAAACCAUCAGAAGAUAAACUAAAAGUUUACUCAUUUAUGCAAUCUACACACUGAGUUUGUUAUUGAUUCGUGUGAGAAAAGUUUCGAAUUUUCAAGGAUUCCCUUUUUUUUCGAAAUUUCGAAAAGCAGAGCAUACAAUGCACUUAGAUCGCUACUUCCACUAAACAGCCAACAUUGGACUCUCAUUUCACUUUUUUUUUUAAUCACUUAUUAAAUCAUUCGGGUACGCAAAUUUGCUAGAAUAUUUAUUGCCAUUGGGAAUGGCUAAGUACUUUUUUUAUUAUUUGUGAGAUCAUUUAAAUUAUCCAUGGUAAAAAAGAAAGUUUUAAAAACAAUUGAACAAGCAGUCACGCCAUUGUAAACAAAAUGGGAUGUUUAAGGCUCUCUUUGAGGGAGUACUUUUUGAUAAUAACCACAUUCUUUCACGUGCUAUCUGUGUUAUCUAUAGGUUUAUUACUCUUGUGAUUUAUAUGUUCUCUUUGCACGCAACAGUAUUAACCAUCAAUUAACUUAGUCGACAAAUUCAACCCUAAUUGCCUUAUCUUCGACCAACGUACAGCUGUGAUCUAAAUAAUACAGUCGAAAGACACCCCCACAGAAAAAUGAGGUUUUUUUGGCAGGGAACUCAAGGACUUAAAAGCCAGUAUACUGUUCUGUUUUUGUGACAUGAACUGGAAAUGAACCUGGAAUAAAUCUAUGACGCAAUUUGAAAACAAAGGCGAUUACUGAGCCAUUGAUUAUAAUUAAGGAUAAAUAUAGAUGAUAUUUAAUGUGCAUUCCUCCGUGCGGAUCUUAUAGCACGAAAAGAACUGAAAUGUUGUAAUCUAAAAAAACUUGACUGUCUUUUAAAACAACUUGGAAACAAAAUGAAAAACUCUACAGAAAAAUAACAGAAAGUAUAGGGAAGUUUUGAUUCAGAAUAAGAAAAAUUUUGACAAAAGUAUUUUUCUUAAAAAAUACAUAGCUCUGUAACAACAGUUGAUAUACAUUACCGUUUGUUUGUUUGUUGGAUAGGGCUAUAGGAUAACCCCUACUUGUAAUAUCAUUUCCGGGCAAUGAUUCUGCGAGUUUUUGUUAUGACACUGAGCCAAAACGUCCAACAUUGACCUAUAAAAAUUGUCGUCAUAUCACCAUUAGUCACGUCAGAGCGAAUCGUAAAAAGGUUUUGCUCUACUUUCACUAAGUUUCUUGUUGGUCGAUUUUUUCAUUUUCCCCGUCAGUACUUUUCAGUGAUAUUUCACCUAUCUACAAACGGUAUAGUCAAAGACGGCUUGGUACAUUUCUGUGUUGUGUUGAUAUUGACCUACCGCAUGUAAGUAAAAGGAUCUCGGUUAUCAAGUAUAUCAGUAUUUGUCGGUCUUCACGGUCAUACAUAAUAUCGAUGACGUAUCCGAAACACACGGCCGACCACACGAAAGGGAGAGAAAUAAAGGGAGAAAAACAAAUCUUUUAUUUAAACACGUGGGUUUUAGAGCCAAUACAGCUUAUUAGGCCGAGUAAAAAAUGCUAAUAGGAUAAUAAAAAUUAAAAAAUGCACUAAAAACGAUAAAAAAUACACUAGCGUCAAUACAUAAAUUAAAAAUAUGAAUGUGAUCCAUGAAAGGCGAAAGAUGUACAAUAAAAGAUAUGAAUAGGAUCAAUAAAAGACGAAAUCACUCUCAAUUUGGAGACCCAUUGGGGGUGACUCUUCAUUAACGUUCAAGCUUGAGAUGUACAAAACGCUGAAAAAUGAGGUCUAGAUAUAGGAAACGUAACGAUAAACAGUAUCGAGCGAGCCUUAUCUUCGAAUUUUAAUUUCCACUAUUAGGCAAAAAAAAACUGUCAUGGCAUCGAAAAAAAAGGGUAAUAAAAAUUUGUAUGAACAGAAGUAUUGACUAAAGUGGUGGAUGAGAUUAGUAUAGAAAGCUCAGAUUAAGCUUUGUUAAGCCAAAUUGUAGAGAAUCAUGAUGUAAAAUGAAACUAACGAAAGAAUCCAUAAGUUUGGGUCUUGCCUAUUAAAAUGUAGGGAUAGAAUUGUCUACUGUUGAGCUUUCGCUUCGAGUUCACGAUGACGCCCCGGAAUGGUACUCUAAAACAAUCAAAAGGAAAGUAAAUACAAUCCUGUGUAAAAAUUUUAAUUCGAGAUUAGCCCUGAUAACUUUUCGCAUCUUCUCAGGAAAAGGGCCGAUAACAGUAAUGUUAUAAUGGUAAUCGGACUGGGUGGAGUCCGAGUGAGCAAUGUGGGAGACCACGAUUUACAAACAGAAUUAGAAAUCACUAUGGCACUAUAUUAAGACUCCAACUAAUGUCGAUAUAAAUGUACAAAAAUAGCAAGGAGUCUUUGUCGAGACUUAAGAGCAAACGACAUAACUUAUACGAUGACUGGUGCUGUCCAAAUACAUUGCGCGUACUAAUAGCCAAUCCUGUUGAAGAAGUCUGUCGUAACUUCAAUGAACAUGUUGUGGAAAAGUUGGAAAUUGGGCCAAUACGGUUAGCCUACGUGUUAGCCGCACCCUCCCGCCUCUCUUCGUUUUUCCUUUGUCGGGCGGGGGGGAGGGUGCGGCUACACGUAAGCUACCAAUACGUCAAAAGAAAGAAGCAUGCAACUCUAAGCAAAAUAUUUUAAAGCUAAGGUUUUAAUUUUGAAUGGUGAAAUUUUUAAGAUAUGACCGAUAUUCUGUUAGUUUACCAAAAAGAGCUUUAAAUUUUUGAAAACAGAAGCUGGUGUUAUUGUCGGCACCACUCUUCAGAAGUAUUCAACGUGUGUAGUGUGUGUGGUAUUUGUAGAAAAUUCCCGGCGAUGCUUGCGCCCCCAGUCUACAUACAAAACAGACAGCGACGAUAGCGACAGGCAAAACUAGGGAAUGAAUCCGGAGUUCCUUUUUCAAAAAAAGGUCCUACACUAAAACAACUAGUUACACUUGUGUAGCGGAAGAAUUAGAAUACCCAAUAAAAAGAAGAAAAUUCCCACAAGAGAGUUGUUUUGUAGCAACUACGCGAUGUGAGGAGCUUGGUAAUUUUCUGGGGCCUCUUCACUUGGUCUUGAUUCAUUACUUAAGGAACGUCAGGGGCACCCAGCGACGGUUCCCUCCUAAAUGCAUUGAAAAGACGUUUUAGGCCAUUUUGAGUACUUUUAGAUCUCUAGAAAUGCAUUCUAAGCGGCGCUAUAAAAUUUGUAUCCGUUCAGUCAUCCUAGGGGAACUUGAGGCUUUUCGAACUUACAAGGGCUUUAGUAUUAUUUUCCCGAAACUUUUUACGAAAGUGAGAAUAAUUCUUAUUCCUCUCUCCAUGAAAUUUUUUAAUCAGACAAUUUUAGAUUUUAUUUUCUACGAAAAUUAGCCUAACAUAAGGACUAAAAUAUGAAAAAUUGAACUUCAGAAAAUCGUAGGGAAUUUUUUAGGUAAGCUUCGAAAAUUGUACCUGAAUGGAACGCUCAUCAAGAAAUUUUCAGCCGUAUUCAAGCAAUAGAAAAUUCUAAGCAAUAUUUGCUUCUCCGAACAGAUAUUUUACAGAAAACAUUCGUUGGGCUUCCCCUGGAAUGUGCUCUACAACCUCAUCCCUAGGGCUUUAGGUAGGGGAAAACUUGAUCCCUGGGGACGAGGAUGGGUAUUCUAUAGUGAAAAGACCCAACUUCAACUCUUUUAUACAUCAAUAUAAUGGGUAUACGUGUUUUGAAAAACUUCUCAUCUAUGUUAAUUGUUAGAGCGUUUUAGAAAUUUUUAAGCAGUAUCAUGAGUUUCAUAUGUUUUAGGUUUUGUAAAUAUUUUUAUUGCCUUUGUUACUGUUUUACGUAAAUUCAUUUCGCAAAAUGACAAAUUUAACGCCAGUUGUAUCACUUGGCUUUCAUCACUGAAAAGGCUCUAUGAAUUCAAAUGACGUUCAGUAAAAUGUACUGCACUGGUUUUGGUUGUUUCUUCAGCCCAAUACAAAGUAGAUAUAAGCGGUAUAUUAGUUUAGUUCACAGUGAAUGGACAAAAUACCUCGAUAACAAAGUUAAUUUGCGUCGAUCAAUUUCAGAUGAUGUUUCAUCUCAGAAGUGACCUCAAUCUUCUGUUUGAACCAUGGGAUAUCUCAUCAACAAAAGGUAGAGAAAAUAUUAUGCCUUUAUAUAAUCUUAAUUUAUAAAUUUGAUGCCUUUCAUGGUCUCUGUAAAUCUAGCUUGCGUAGAAGCGUUUCUGCUCGAGUUUGUCGACUUUUCGCAUUGAGGAGUUUCAACAACCACUACGGCAAAAACGUCCGAAUUCACCAUUAUUUAACAAACUGAACAACAUGAGAGAUAGAUUCACUUUUUGAGAGAAAUAUUCGUUAUUUUCGUCGUCGUCGUCGUUACUUAAGCACCCUAACAAAUGGAUCCGAAACGCUUGCUACAUAGGCUGUACAAGAUGAUAAUUCAUAUGUCACUCAAUUGUCAUAUAAAGUGACCAAUACUGGCCCAAAAUCAGUACUGGAUUUCUAAAUGGUGUCUUUACUUAUUACUUAAGCCUCGCUGAGUCAGACCGAACGUGUUUAAAUUCGGAUUGAUUCUGCUCAAAACAACGUGGGUAAUCAUGUAAACAAGUUCUUAUGACUAUUUUGUAAAUUAGUUGAUUCGGUACGGCAGAAGGCAUUAGGGGGUGUUUACAUGAGAAAACUCGCACCGACGCGAGUUUCAUACUGGGAUGACUUUUUGAUUUCAUAUCGCAUUUACAUUAUGACUGGGUCAUUUCAUAUCUCGCUAUACGCUCUUCUCACGUAUGGUAAUAUGCCCGUCUAACCUCGUUUUUGAGUAAAACGUCCUUUGAAAUGCUAAUCAGACGACGUUUUCGUAUUUGAAUUUCAAAAGAAUUUUUACCCGUAAACGAGGUUAGACGGGCAUAUUACCAUAAGUGAGAAGAGCGUAUUUGAAGGUACACUUCAUGUUGAUAAAAUACACGCGUGAUUCAAAAUUGCAAACAUUACGCAUGCGCUUCCCGUUCCAGUCUACCGACCGAUUUCACACCGAAACGUGUUUCGCGUUUACACGAUACCGUUGCGAGAUUUCGUACCGGAGUGAAAUUCUCGCCCCGGUACAACAACCGGGGUGAACUCACGCCGGGGUAACUCGUCCUCGCAUGACAUUUUGUGGCGGUAUCAUGUAAACAAAUGUAGAACCAUAGGAGGGAACCUGAGUGAACUCUCUCCGGCGCCAAAGUCGCCCCGGUGUCAUGUAAACACCUCCUUAGAAAACAGGCAUAAUUUGGGUGAAAACAUUCCUCUUGGCCAGUCAACGCACAUGAUAGUCUGCAACACAGCAUUUUAGUAUCGUCACGCAACGCUCCUCCCCACAAACGGUGUUGCGUGACGACACUAAAAACGGCUGUAGACUACGUACGUGACAAAUGGUUUCCAUUUUUUCUAAAGAGAAUUAUAUCACUUGACCAAGGUCACUUUAAAUUGGCCUUAUUGCGGGCGACAAGAGGAGCCCGCAAUCCUAAUCUCCAGGUUGUUAUUACGCAUGCGUAGCAUGUAUGUAGCCAGCAUUCGUCUCAGCAUUCGUUUGGACUUCCACUAAGAAUGAAUGGAAUGCAGAUGUUAACGCAAUUUGAUCACGUGCAUUUUGACCUUCUAUCACUUGUAAUCUGAUCACGCGUGAAACUUACGCAAAGCACAGCGUUGGAGCAAAAGAUUUUUGACCUUCGAUCGUUGUCGCCCGCCCUCCGUAACCUUUGGUUAUUACUAAUAUAUGGUUAAUUUCAUAUUUUUCACCGUUACAGUGUUGGUUGGCUCGUGUAUUGCAGUGCUCUUCAUUUCUAUUUUGUAUGAAGGCCUGAAGAUCUUAAGAGCCAAACUUACCGACAGGCACAAAACUAUGGCCAAACGAACUGACGGUGUACAGUUUUCAGGAUCUCGUCAGAGCCUUUGGUAAGCCAGUUAAUAUCCACCCCCCGCCCCUCAGCGAAGUUGAAUUCUUAUCAAACCUUCAUCUAGAGAAGUAAUGAUACCAUUUCUUUUUUAUGGUGUUGUGUCACAGUGAUAUGGGCAUCCCCAUUCCCAAAACCCCUAAUGAUAUGGGCAUCCCAUGUAACCCUAACCCUAACCCUAACCCAAAUCGCUAAGGUAAUAUGAGAAGGGGAUGUCCAUAUCACUACCAGGGUUUUGGGAAUGGGGAUGCCCAAAACGUUCGGAUACCCAAAUCAAUGUAACAGCGGCUUUUGCAAUCCUCGACUUUUGGAAAGGCUUGGGGAAAACUUUGCAUUCGCCAUUUACACAUUUCCCAUAAUAAACCUUCUUUGCCCCCUAAAACUUUGCAUAACCUUUGUUUUUUAUUUCUACUGGGUAUAACAGUCGUCCCAAUAGAAAUAUAAGACAAUGGUUGUGCAACAUUUUUGAGGGCAAACAAUGUGUAUUAUGGGAGAUGGAGAUGUGAGAAUGGACAGAGUUUCAAAGCAGGAGAUCCUCUUUUGUUCAAAGAUAAGCUGGAGUAAAUCUAAAACUCUUUUUUAAUAUAGAAAAAAAUAUUUUUUUUUUAAACUGUAUUAUGGAAGUUGUAACACUCAAAACGGUCAUACAUUUCCUUUUAAAAAAACCUUUAAUGCGGCCAAUAGCCUGCGAACAGCAGACGCAUUUCCGGUCGUCGCUUCUCUCCCUCCGGAGGGAGAGAAUCGACGACCGGAAAUGCGUCUGCUGUUCGCAGGCUAUGCGGCCAACGGCCACACUUUAAAAUGCCAAACAGUAGAAUCUCUUAUAAUUUCACGCCGUUAAUACGGCCACUCCUAGUAAUCUGAGCUUACUGUUUUUAGACUACAGUACACUUAAAAAGCACUUGUGGCGAUUUAUAGCCAAAUUUUAAAAGAAAUUAAUGUACUGAAGGAAAAUUUUAUGUAGUUUUUUCAAUUACUGUUCGCGAUAUCUACAUUCCGGUUAGUUAUUAACUAGAAAUACGUGUAUCGCAGAACCUCGCGAAGCUCGGAGGGGGGCCCAUAAGGGGUGGGAGGACAGGAGAGAAAUGAAGUAAAUCAUGUAACUGGGGAGGGUGGAUCUAAUAUUGGAAGCUGAGAUGUACUUAAUCUCCUGUGGAUCAGCGAGGAUUUCCAGCCACUUGUUGAAUCCACCGUUGUUGAGUUUGCUCUUCUGUUUUAUUUACCUGAGAUAUUGGGUGGUGACUCACCGACCGUAAACAUUGUUAUAAUUCGGUUGCCUGGAAACCCAUAGUGCACUUUGACGUCACUACUGGAUGACGUCAAGGCGGACACCAACCAAACUCGAUAGAUUUAUAGCCAAGAGGAAAUCAUGCUGGCCUUGCGAUGCUUGAGUGAUACACGCGCGCUUCGCGCGCGACGAGAUUAUAAACCUCGCGGCUCGGCNUCGGUUGCCUGGAAACCCAUAGUGCACUUUGACGUCACUACUGGAUGACGUCAAGGCGGACACCAACCAAACUCGAUAGAUUUAUAGCCAAGAGGAAAUCAUGCUGGCCUUGCGAUGCUUGAGUGAUACACGCGCGCUUCGCGCGCGACGAGAUUAUAAACCUCGCGGCUCGGCGCUUCGCGAGGAAUGAGAACAGUACGUUGAAUUCGAUGUACGGUGUAUUUGUUAUUACGGCCCUUAAGACAUGAAAUUUGAGCCAGCCCCGGUGAUACGGCCAAUUUUUCUUUUUUUGGCCCAUUAGUGACCGUAUUAAUAUUAACGGGGUUCCACUGUAUUUAAUAAUCUAGAUAAGCAAGACAGAGAAACCUUUGUAAGUGAAACUCUGUGACGUCAGGAGUCGCAGUGAUAAGAAACGAGGACUGGGUACAAACAGGAGGCAGGGUGGCCGAGUGGUCAGCGAGUCGGACUCGCAAUCCGGCGGUCCUGGGUUCGAGUCCUGCUCUGGCCACUUGCUGGAUUUGUGCUCGGUCGUCCCGAGUUCAAAUUCUCGGCCACGCUUGUAAAUAGUCAACCGGUUGCCUUCUGCCAGUUGGGGUUUUUAAUCAUGUUAUGUUGUAUUUAAAUUAUUUGUUUCGAAAUAUUUGAGUGGAGUGCCUGUAAACUAGCUGGAUACUGAGCUAAGUACACUUUCCACUAUAAACAAACCUUUUACAACCGGCUUGCCGAUCACCGACUUGACCAUGUUCAUUUUUUGUAGGAUCACCAUGUGCAGCUCGCAUCACUUCCUACAAACAGUCUUGCACAUUGUGCAUGUGGCGCUGGGAUACCUACUAAUGCUGGUGGUGAUGACGUAUCAGGUUUAUCUUGGGAUCUCCGUUAUAAUCGGAGCGGGCCUGGGCUACUUUUUCUUCGCUGGCUUCAUCAGUGAUACAGAUCAUCAUAAAGACGAAGCUUGUCCUAACCCCACCCCAGAGAGUCCUGGAAUGACUUUAAAACUGACGAAUUUCAACGACCUCGAAAAGAAGCAACAUCCACUGGAGAAAACAACUUCGUCUGAUCUUGCUUUUUGCAAUAAGGGUUUUGGCACGGAAAACGUAACACAGACAAAUAAUUUUUAA